UUGUGGGGUGGGGAGGUGAAUAACGUUUUUCCAGUAUGUUUUUUCUUUGCUGGAAGUAAGUUUUGCAGGACUGUUAAAUACAGCUGUCCGAAGGGCCCUUGGCAACAGAGGCCUGGCCUUUCUGCUUGUAUUACAGCAUCUCAGAGCCCAUCACUGAUUCCUUCCAGGGUGGACAGGGCAUUUUCAUCCUCCAGGGAUGCAGAAGGGAUAAGCAGCUGUCACAACCAUGGCUGUGACAUAGGGAGCUUUUGAUCACAUUUAUUCCCUCCAUAGCCCUGCCCAGCCAAUACAGCAAGCUUCAAACAGCAGCAGUGCUCCAGUUUCAAUGCCAAAGCCUUUGGGAAGCGUUACUACCACUGGAUGCCUCUCUAUCCAGGUGGGUUUUCACAGCUUCACUCAAAGGAUCAGGGAGAGAAAAAAACUACAGUAUUUUCUGACACAGGAGAAGGGGAAGGUCCCAGGGGAAAAGGGAUGGAUGCUCCUGGCUGGUCUGGAAGUGCUUCCCUAUGCUCCCUGCUUUGGAGAAAUCGUUCCCUGUCUUUUCACAGAACUGCUCCACCCAGCCAGGCCUCCUCUCUCACCACAUUGCUCCUGUUUUGGAUCCUACAUCAGCAAGCACUGGUGGGCAGACAGGACACAGGCUUCUCUGAGUUGUCUUGGCUAACCAGCAGUCAUCUUGGCAGAAUGACUACACCAGUAUCUCCAAUAAACCAUGUGACCUCCAGUGCACUACCCAAAGUGGAGAGAGGCAGCUGAUGGUCCAAGCCCAGGAUGGUACCUCCUGCAAGGACAGGACCUAUCAAGGGGUCUGCAUCAAUGGGAAAUGUGAGCCAGUUGGGUGCGAUGGGAGCCUGUACUCACCCCAGACGAUGGACAGAUGCAGGGUGUGUGGAGGGGACGGCAGCACUUGCCACCGUGUCUCGGGCAGCUUCCGAAAGGCAAUCUCACAGAUAGGUUAUGUGUUCAUCACCAACAUUCCAGCUGGUGCCACAGACAUCCUUAUCAUUGAGCGCAGGAAAACAGAAAACAUCCUAGCACUUGCAGAUGAGUCUGGACAUUUCUUCUUCAAUGGUAACUCUGCCAUUGACAACCCUCAGAACUUCAGGGUAGCUGGCACAGUCUUCAAGUACCGGCGGCCCUUGAGCCUGAACUCAGAUGGACUGGAGUAUAUCAUAGCUCACGGACCCACUAACCAGUCUCUAAAUGCCAUGUACUACAACUUCAAUGGGAAAAUGCCACACAUAACUUACGACUACACUGUACCACGGAUACUGCCUCUCCAAACUGCAGCCCCUGAUAUAGACAGACCUCUCUACCACCACCUACCAGAGACCAGCCAGAACUAUCCCAUUCCAGCUAACUCCAGAGCUGCCCAGGACUUCAACGCCACAUGGCUCACUCUGUCGCCAGAUGAUACCAGUGAACAGCUUCCUCUAAGAGAAGGGCAUGAAGAUUUAGGGUUGGGUCACCCACACUUCUUCCCGACCAACUCCACCAGUCAGGCUCAGGACUGGGGCUGGGAACAAGGUGAAGAGAAGAAGUAUGACUUCCAGAUAAGACAGAUCUAUCCCACAAACACAGCAGGAGAGGAGGAGGAAGCAGCAGCAGUUGAUGGAGAAACAGAGUUGGCUCUUAGGUUCAAUCAGAUUUCCAUCAGCACAGCUGUACCUUACAGCAUGAGGAGAUCCGAGCUCCCAGAGAACAGCCACAUAGCAUCCUCCAGGCUUCAUCUCUUCAGACGCCUGUGUCACCGAGACCCACACAACACUGCCUUCUGUAGGGAGCUGCAGCACCUGGCCGCCAGGCUGACCUCAAGAAACUCCACAGCGGGGCUAUGGACUGAGACAGCUGCUCGGUGGCCACAGGGCCUCCACAAAGUGCCGGCCCGUAAGAACUCACUGGAAGACUUGAAGGUGGAUGCAUUUGCUGGGAGUCAGGGGGAAGCAGCCAACUACAGCAUGAUGGCACCUGUGGAGAGCCCUCUGCUAGGUGCCAGCCCAACCAUGGACAUCAGCCAAGCAGAGCCUUUGCAAGCUCCUGGCACUGAAAGCAAUGAGUUUGAUGUGAGCCCUGUCGGCCAUGAUGACAUAAGCUUGGCUGACAUGUAUCGGUGGAAAGUCUCAGCUUAUGCCCCCUGCAGCUCCACAUGCACUUCAGCAGGUAUCAGUGCCUCUUACGCGAUAUGUGUCCGGUAUGAUGGAGUGGAAGUGGAUGAAACAUACUGCGAUGCCCUAACCCGACCAGAACCUACUCACGAAUUUUGCACAGGGAGAGAUUGCCAGCCUAGGUGGGAGACCAGCCGGUGGAGCGAGUGCUCCAGAACCUGCAGUGAGGGCUAUCAGUACCGCACCGUGCGCUGCUGGAAGAUGCUGGCUCCAGGCUUCGACAGCUCUGUUUAUGAUGACCUCUGUGAGUCAGCUGGGCUGGCCAGGCCCAUGGAGAGGAAAGCCUGCAAGAACAAGGCCUGUGGGCCCCAGUGGGAGCUCUCCGAGUGGUCUGAGUGUUCAGCCCGGUGUGGCACUCAGGGGAUGAUGAAGCGGGAGGUGCGCUGCUCGGUGGAAGCACCCCUCUGUGAUGAGUCCCAGAAGCCCAGCAGCGAGAAGGCUUGCACAGGCCCACCCUGCGACCGCCACUGGACUGCGUCGGAUUGGGGCCCGUGCUCAGGUUCGUGUGGUGAGGGACGCAUGAGCCGCUUCAUCGCGUGUCGCAACCUGGAGGGCAAGGUGAUCUCCAACUCGCAGUGUGACCCAGUCACGAAGCCCCUGGCUGUCCAUCCGUGUGGAGACAAGAACUGCCCCGCACAUUGGGUGGAGCAGGAGUGGGACCAGUGUGACGCCAGCUGUGGGCGAGGGGUGAAGAGCCGGGUUGUCUUGUGUGCAGGCCUGGAGAAUGGAGUGUACAGGGAGUACCCUGAGAAGCACUGUGAAGCUUCUCAGAAACCUGAGGAACAAGCUACCUGUUUCAGGAGGCCAUGUGCAACGUGGUUCACUACGUCAUGGUCUCAGUGCAGCAAGACAUGUGGUGCUGGUGUGCGACUGCGUGAAGUAAAGUGCUACCAAGGGGAAGCACUGGCUCAGGGUUGUGACCCUACUUCCAAACCAGAAGCCAGGCAGACAUGCCAGCUCCAGCCAUGCCCCACAGAGGCACCAGAAGAGGACUGUGAAGAUAAAGCGACAGCCAACUGUGUGCUGGUGCUGAAGGUGAAGCUGUGCUCCCACUGGUACUACAGAAAGGCUUGCUGCUGGUCAUGUCGGCUCAGGUCACCAUGACUGCUGUCAGGUCAUAUUUCCCUUCCAUGUUAAGGGGCAAGAGCUCUCUCGAGCCAGACUUUACCACUUGAAGCCACACCACUUGGCUUGGCUGUGGAGCCAGUCCCUGUAGACCAGCCUGCUCACUGAGGAAGAAUUCCUAGGAGUUAGUCAUCACUGUGCCCUCUCCACCAAGAGGAUUUUACACAAGAUAACCCAUCAGUUCCUCAAAAGCUACUGAGAAGUGAGUUGUCAAAGCCUGUCCCUGCUGUCAUCAUCUCUGAAGAGCUCUAGCUGGAGGCAGUGGGGGGCAGAGGCCAGCCUGCAACAGGGCACAGACAAGAGCAGCCAUCUCUCUGGUCAGCCCUGCAGAUUUUUAUACUAGAAGGACAAUUUCCAAAACACACUGAAAAAUUCUGUGUCACAAUAAAGAGCUAAACUAUAAAA